AAAUAGCAUAUGGCGGACCAUCAAAUGAAAUUCUGUGUCGGAAAACUUUGCAUUUUGUAAACAAUAAAUAAAACAACAUUUUCGGUGGAAAAAAAAAUCAAAACACAUUAAAUUGUUUGUGAUUUCUAUGGUGUAAAUGAUAAAAUCGGUGUACAUUGUUUGAAAAAGAUUUAAAAUUUGAUGAUUGUUUUUGCGGUAAAUAUACGCGCGAACGGACAAAAGAGUUUUUGUUUUCAUUUUGAUGAAAGAAAGAAAUAACGCGAAAAAAAAACUGAAAAGAGUACGUAUUAGUGAUGGCGAUACAAUAAUAUGAGCGUGAAUGAAAUAGAGAUCAAAAUUAUCAAACAAAUUUCAAUGACAAUGAAAUAAAAGAUUCAGAAAUUGUGUGCCUGAGCGCGGUAAAAAUAAAACACAAACAAAGAAAAUGCCACAAUUAUCGAAUCAAAUGCCGUUGCCAAUUUAUGUCGAUGUAAUCGACAAAGAAACAAAAUCACCGGACGAUAUUGCAUCCGUACCUGUUAAAACGGAAUGUGUCAAUAGCAAAGGCGAUGAAAGUGAUAUUGUUUUGAAUUGUGAUAGUUUAUUGAGUAAAGCUACAAUCGAAAUUAAACGAGAGACUGACUAUGUUGAUAUCGGCAUGGAAAUUCCAUCAUCAGACAUGGCCGCCGUUGACGAUGAAUUGGAUCUAUUGAGUAGCUGUGAUUCAAACAAUGAUGUGGCUACGAAGAAUACAAAGCCGACCACAAACUUUUUAUGUAAUCGAUGCAGACAAGUGUUUACGUCGCGCGACUCAUUCGAAAUGCACUAUAAGCAAGCCUACAAUGAGACUCCAAUAUAUACAUGUCAGAUUUGUGACAAACAAAUGAAAAAUAAACGAUCAUAUCAACGUCAUUUUAAUCGUCAUUCGAGCGCACAAAAGUUCACCUGUUCCAUUUGCGCGAAGAAAUUCUCACAGGAAAAACUGUUGAAAAAACACGAAUCCGUACAUAAUCUCAGCACAGCCAAAUCAUGUUUGGAUUGCAACGAACAAUUUUUCGAUUUAAUUCAAUUCAAAGCACAUCGUCGCACACAUCACACACAAACGAAGAAACAACAACUGUAUCAGUGUGCCGAUUGUGGGAAAAUUAUGAAGAAUAGAAGCAGUUUGAGUAUGCAUUCGAAAAUUCAUAGCAACGAUAGACAGUAUGGAUGUAUGGUGUGCGAUCAAAAAUUUGUGCAAAAAAUCAAUUUAAUCAAUCAUCUCAAGGUUCACAACACGUUGAAAACACACUCAUGCAACGAAUGCGGAAAAAGUUUUGUUGGACAAUCUCAAUUAUUACGUCACUGUACACAACAUACAACCUUGAGAUCAUUUGAGUGCGAAAUUUGUAAAAAAUUAUACAAAACAAAACGCGAUCUAAAACUACAUUUGAUGGUGCAUUCCACAUUGCGGCCUCACAAAUGCACAUUGUGCACGAAAACAUUCUUGAGCACAUCAAAACUAAAGCAACACAUGAACGUCCACUCAGGCGAUCGUCCAUUUAAAUGUCGACAUUGUCCCAAGGACUUUACGAAUUUUCCCAAUUGGCUGAAACAUACGCGACGACGACAUAAGGUCGAUCACAAAACGGGAGAAAAAUUGGUUGUAAUGCCAAACUUUUUGAAUAAAACAAAUAAAACGAAUAAAUCGAGUAAAAUUAAAGCACCAAAACGUUCGAAUAAAAAGGAAAAUCGCAAUAAUGCCGAAAUAAGUAGUAGUGAUGGUACUGGUGGUGGUGGUGGUGGUGGUGGUGGUGACGAUGCCCAACUGGCAUUAAAUUCAAUCGAAAUGGAUGAGUGCAUUGUGAAAGAAGAGAAUAAAGAGGAAAAUAGUGAUACAGCCGGUUACAACCAUGUUGAUAUUAGCGAUGAUGCUGGAUUUGCAUUGAAUACCAUCGAAACGGAUGAAAGCAUAGUAAAGGUUGAUGAUGAUACUGCACUGUCGUUAAAUACAAUUGAAAUGGAUGAAUGCAUAGGUGUUGAUCAUAAUGCUGGACUGACCUUGAAUCAGAUCGAAAUGGAUCAAUGCAUUGUAAAAGUUGGUAAUGAUGCUGAACUGGUAUUGAACGCAAUGGAAAUGAAUGAAUGUUUGAGAGUUGGCGGCGAUGCUGCUCUAACAUUAAGUAUCGACACAGAGGAACGGCUGGUAGAAGUUGGUAGUGAUACUGGACUCACAUUGAGUACAAUCGAACUCGAUGAAUGCAUUGUAAAAGAAGAGAAUCUAAAUGAUUCAGGUGAUAAUGGAAAAAUGGAUGACUUAAUCGACACAGAUAUAUUAUUGAAACAAACCAAUGAUACAUGCACAAUGCCAUUUGUGGUCACAAAGUCAGGCAGUGAUUUGUCCACUAUAACGGUAAACAAUCGUACAUUACCGUUAAAUACGUCUGAUGAUUUAGAACGUGCAGCAUCAUUGCUGAUGCAUCAAACAUUCGAUUUUGAGGAUGAAUUUGAAUUCGUUAACAUCAAAUCGGAAUUAAUCGAUCCAAUUAUUUCGGACUCGGAUCAAGAGCAACCAGAGCAAAAAUCAAAUCAAAACCAUGAACAAGGAGACGAUGCCAGUAAACCGCUAUCGUCACCAUACAAUUUAACAUCGGAUUUCUCAAACAUUCACUAUUCCAAUUCGGAUUUUAUGUAUUCAUACUAUUCACAGGCAACACAAUGCGAUUUUGCGAUGAUGCCAUUGCCGCCAAUUAACACUGUUAAACGGAAACUAAAGGGCAUCAGUUCAACAUCAUCAAUCUUUCCACCGGGAAUGACAAAUGUCCUUUAAACAGAUAUGAGCCCAAGCGGGUUUCUUUUGAGUUUUUUUUUUAAACAAGCAAUACGGUCAUCAUUAUUAUUUUACGCACCAUGAAAACAAUGAAGAAAAACACAUCACAUUUAGUAUUAUUUAUAUCAUUAUAAAACUCAUGGUUUGGGUCAUAGCAUCGAUCAUAGUCCUCACUUUUUUUCUCAGCCACUUUGUGCUUUGUAUUAAAUACACACAGAUAUACCCACACUUAUCGAUUGCAUACUAUAAUAGAAUUUAAAUCUAUGUUUUCAAUCCUUCAAUAAUCAGUUCUUAUGUACUUCAAUCAUCACAUACAUGCAUAUGAAUCGUUGCGGUUUGAUUUUAUUGCAAAUAAAUAAGCUGAAACAUAAAGUUUUUUUUGUUGUUGUAAAUAU